UCAAGUGAGUUUAGGACCCUGGGGCGUUGAGGUAAUAACCCAGCCGAACGUGCAUGUUGAGACACACUUGCCUUUUAGCUCUCCGAAAAGAGAGACUGCAUUUGUUUCUAUUUAGCAGUAAAAGGAAUGUCGACACUACGACAGUACUAAUUACGGGAUUUUGAUAACACCGGGAGGACUAGCUGUGCUUUAAAUGCACAGAGUUUGAAACUUCUUUCUCAAUUUCGUUUGUGGGAGAGACAUGUCGGCUUUUAAAAAAAGCGUUGAGGACACUCUACAUUUGUUUUUAUGGUGACCACAUGGUGUAGUAAUGCCAUGCAACAAAACAUUGAAGAUCGCUGGUUGCAGCUGGGAAGACUGGGCAAAGACUACUAGAUGAUCGUAGAAAGGCAAAGAAGGCAAACUUUACCAAAAAAUUCAUUGAAGAAGGGGUUUUGUUAAGUGCCAAUUCACGAGGAUUAAUAUAGACGCGAUCGGUCUUUUAUAAAAAGGAGCCGAUAAUGGAUAUUGUUGGGUGUCAACAGUUCUCUGCGUGAAAGCUCCAUUUGUUUACGCUUACUUUUUGCCAAAUGACCAAACUUAUCAUGGAGGAACACUACGACCCAGUUGACACGGAGAUUAUGGAGGCCGAGAAAUCCCCAAAUGAAUCUCCCAAAAUGGAAAACGGAGUCAUGCUUGUGGUCAAUCACAGUAACAUCCAACCGCCCUUCAGCGUGGUGCUUGCCACCAUUCUGUAUUGUGCGGAAUUUGUCAGCGCAUCAGUGCUGUGCAAAAAAUACCACUCGGGCCAUGACAACAUCUGGCUAGGUUUGACAAUUACUUUCAUGUUGGUGCCUGCUAUAUUGACCCAGCUGGCGCUUACAUUCAUCCACAGAGACCUCGGAAGAGAUCGACCUCUGGUCCUCUUCAUGCAUUUACUGCUCAUGGGUCCUCUCAUUCGGUGUUUCGAGGCUUUGGUUGUUUACUUCAAGUCAGGUAAAAAAGAGGAGCCCUAUGUCACCAUCUCCAGGAAGAUCAACCUUAUGAAGAAGGGCCAGAACAUACCCAUGGAGUGGGAGAUCGGACACUCUGAACGCAAGUUGGCCACUCACCGGAACGCCUUCAAACGCACCGCAGUGAUCCAGGCCUUCCUUGGCUCCACCCCCCAGCUCACCCUGCAGCUCUACGCCACCAUCCAGGAGAAAUACAUCGUUGUCCCUCGAGUUACUCUGAUGAUCAUCGCCCUGGUCUCCAUUACUUACGGCGCUCUUGUGUGUAGCGUGCUGGCCAUCCAGAUCCGGUAUGACGACUACAAGGUCCGGCUCAGCCCUGCCGCCUACAUCUGCAUGAUCCUGUGGCGAGGCCUCGAGAUUGCCACACGGGUCACCUCAUUGGUGCUCUUCAGCACGGCUCUUACCCAUUGGGUGAUCCCCGUGGGCCUGGCCAACCUGCUCCUCUUCUUCUUCCUGCCGUGGGCAGAGUUCUGGGCCCGGCGGGGCUCGCUGCCGGAGAACGUGGAGAAGAACUUUGGGAAGCUGGACACCACGCUGGUGCUGUGCAUGUUCAUCUUCCUCUACGCCAGCAUCAACAUCUUCUGCUGGUCGGCAGUGCAGCUGGACCUGGCCCACAGGGAUCUCAUUGAGAAGAAGCAGGGCUGGAGCCGCCUGGCCGCGUACUACGGGGGCCGCUUUGUGGAGAACGCGGCCCUCAUCGCCCUCUGGUACUUCUUCAAGUCGGACUUCUACGAGUACGUGUGUGCCCCCCUGCUGGCUGCCCAGCUGCUCAUCGGCUACAGCCUGGCCGUGCUCUUCAUGCUGCUGUUCUACCAGUUCUGCCACCCCUGUCGGCAACUCUUCAGGUACAACGUCCACGACUGCCUGCACUGCGUGUGCUGCCUGCGCUGCGAGUGCUGCUGCAGGCAGGGAGGGGAGGAGCGUGGACAAGCCCACCCAUACGCCACCGCCGCUACCAUGGUGCUGGUACCGGAGGAGCCGCUGGGCCCCCCCCAGGAGCCCCAGCCUACCCAGCCCCCCGACCUCACCUGCCAACUGGGGGAACGGGAGACGGACAUUGUGGAUGACAUCACGGUUGUAGUGUGAGGAUAAGGCCUUGCGGGUUAGAUCUGGUUAUAACUUUGGGCCAAUGCCACUAGGUGUCGUCUUGGCUUUGUGUUGUCAGAGUUGUUACACGUGAGGGGGACACAUUUGGAGACAUACUGGGUUGUUUACACGUCACUACAGACGACACGGCAGCCUCUUAGUGGUCUUUAAUGGUUUAGUCUCUCAAACUGGCAAUUCUUUACCAAUAGUUAUUAUAUAAUAAAACCAAGCAGAACUGUCCUUCAUUGACAAAUAUUGUAUGUAGAGAACCAGUGGGCCACAGGAGACCAAAGAAUGUACUGGGGUGAGAUAUGUGGUGGUGGCGAUGAUGCACAAUAGCAGCCUUGAGAGAGAGCGGUGUUGGGUCAGAUACAGUGGGCCAGGUGUGUGGGAAACCUGCCAAGUGUCUCCUGCCUCACGGACAGACUUGCCCAGGACUUCCCCCAGUGUGCUUUUCACCCAAAGGUUCUGACAGACAAAUACAAUCUGUGACGUUGGAUGCCUUUUUGUUUCCACUUUGAAGCAAAUGCAGCACGGGAGGUGGAAAAACUCAGGUUUUGCCUUGAACUUUUCUUUCCUCUUGUCCUACCCCGCCCUGUUCAGUAAGAUUUCAUGAAUGAUUUGUAUUGACCAGGUUUGUUCACUUUGCCUCAAUGCUCUUUUUUGCCUUUUUGCUUUUGCACAAAGCCUGUCAAAAGUUAUUAUGCUAAAAUUGAGUAUUUUGUGUGCCUCACUGUCAUAAAACAAACAAAAAUAUUUUAAAUUUACAGAUGUAGCUAGUUCAUUCAAACCUUGAAUAUGGAUAGAAUAUGAAUAUGAAACUUUUAUUUGUAUGAUCUGUUUUAUUGCAUGUGUAAGUGCCUUAACUACUGUAUUGUGACUUGCUAAAAUAAAGUUAUUACAA